GGUAAUGUACUGAGUGUUGCAAUGAGCUCUGGUUGUCUUUAUAAAAGAGGUGUGGACUGGGUAAUGUACUGAGUGUUGCAAUGAGCUCUGGUUGUCUUUAUAAAAGAGGUGUGCAUCUUUGUGGGGCAGACAUCUGCUCAGUCACUCAUACAGUAAACUAUACAAAAGGCAAACGGACAUCUAUCUCAACAAUGAUGUUCAGCUUGAUGCUAGUUCUGCUGGUCCCCGUGGCGGUACAGUCCUCUCUGCAUCCAGUGGACUGUAACGAGGUGUACCAAUCAGGUUCUGGACAGAAUGGGGUUUACACUAUUUAUCCUGCAGGAUCCACCUCACCUGUCCAGGUGUUCUGUGAGAUGUCGAUGGAGAGUGCAUAUUCAGGAAAGUGGACGGUGAUUCAGAACAGACAGGAUGGAUCAGUGAACUUCCACAGGAAGUGGAAUGAGUACAAGAGUGGGUUUGGGAGCGCAGCUGGAGAGUACUGGCUGGGACUGGAGACGAUGUAUCUCCUGACUAUGAAGAAGACCUAUGAGCUGAGGGUGGACAUGGAGGACUUUGAGGGGAAUAAGGUCUAUGCUCAGUACUCCACCUUCUCUGUUGGACCAGAAGCUGAAGAGUACCCGCUAAAGCUGGGUUCAUUCAAAGAUGGAGGAGCAGGAGAUUCCAUGACUCAUCACCAUGGUCAGACAUUUACAACGUUAGAUAAGGAUCAGGACCUUAAUGAGGGCAACUGUGGCCAGACAUACUACGGUGGAUUUUGGUACAACAACUGCCAUUGGACUAAUCCCAAUGGGAUAUACGCGUGGGGGGAGUCUGCCUACGGUGUUGGCAUCAACUGGAGAACAUGGAAAGGCUUCACAUACUCCCUGAAAAGAAUGACCAUGAAGAUCAGACCAGCCACUGGAUAGAAGGGAAACAUCUUAACUGUUAAUUAAGCAUCUCUAUUUUCUAACAACAUUUCUAAAUCAACAUUUUUAAUAACAAUGAUUGCCAUACAAAACAUUUUUUCCCCACCACGUGCACACAUUACGUUUACCUGGGAGGUGGUGUCUUUUCUAAGUACAGUUUGUGUUUGGGUCUUCGGAGAGUAUCAG